UGUAAACGGGACGCAUAUGUUUCCUAAAGGCCACUUCAGUGGUGAACUAGAAAGUGAAAGCCCUUCUCAUAUGGUUUGGUUGUGGAAUAGAGAGACAAUCUUAAAGUAGUGGGUUUCUGUCCUGAAUGGAUCUUCUGUCUGCAGGUUCUCAGUUGAAGGCUGAGGCGAGACUGGCAGCGAAGCGGGCGGCCAGAGCAGAGGCACGGGAGAUACGCAUGAAGGAACUGGAGAGACAGCAGAAAGAGAUGUAUCAAAGCCAGAAGAAAUACUAUGGUCUGGACAACAAAUGGGGCCACAUUGAGCAGUGGAUGGAGGAGAGUGAGAGGUACUCCUCCCGUCCUUCACGGAGACACACGUCGGUCUGUAUCCUCACCCUGUCUUCUCCUCUCUACCGUUAUACAAGAAACUUCUCAUCUGAUCUGUACUGCAGCUCCAACAGUCUCCCCUCACUCAGACAUCAAAAUUCCACUCAAAAUGGCCGGCCCUCCAUGCUCUUUAUUGAUGGCCCACGCACCCAGAGUCACAGGCCUUCAGACUACAGUGGUUUUCUGGGCUCCAACUCUCGGGCCUCGUCCAGGGCCAGCUCUGCCCGUGCCAGCCCAGUGGUGGAGGAGAGACCAGACAGGGACUUCCUGGAAAAGGGUUCCAGGACUGCCUCUACCCUCUCAGCAGCCACUCUAGCAUCGCUGGGAGGGCCCUCCUCUCGCAGAGGCAGCUGUGACACCUCUAUCUCAGUAGAGACAGAGGCCUCCAUUCGAGAGAUAAAGGACUCCCUGGUGGAGUCUGAGGAGAAGUACCGUAAGGCCAUGGUGUCCAACGCCCAGCUACACAACGAGAAGUCCAACCUCAUGUACCAGGUGGACACGCUGAAGGACUCGCUCAUUGAGCUGGAGGAGCAGCUGUACGAGUCGAAACGAGAGUACAACGACAAGGCCAAGGAGUUUGAGAGGGAGAGGCACGCCCACAGUGUUCUGCAGCGCCAGUUUAACGAGAUGAGAGAGACGCUGAAACAGAGUGAAGAACUGUUAACCGAGGUGGGCCAGCUCCGUCUCAAACGGGACAGCUGUGUUAGGGAGAUCUCCGACCUGCAGGAGACCCUCGGAUGGAAGGAGAAAAAGAUUGGGGCCUUAGAGAGACAGAGGGAAUUCUCAGACGCCGGCGUGCGGGAUGAGCGGGAUAAGCUCAGGGAUCAGGUGGUCCACCUCAAAGACACUCUGAAGAAACAUGGGAUAGUGCUGUCACCUGAAGUAACCACCAAUGGGGAUGCAGGACAGAUGAUUGACGGGCCUCGCAGUGCAGACUCUACCUCCCGAUUGGCUCAGGAGUCCCAGCCAUCUCAUGGUGGGGAGAGCAUGCUUGAAGUGAGACUGAGGAAAGUUGUUGAUGAGAGGGAGAGUUUAGCUGAUCAGGUGAAGAGGCUGAAGUCUCAGCUGGAGGGGAAACAGAGGAACGGGACAGAGGGUUUGAGUCCUGAGGAGGACGGACUUGAGAACGGCAUGGACCCCCACAUCCUCGACUUACAGAGGGAUGCCAACCGGCAAAUCAGUGACCUCAAGUUUAAACUGGUGAAAUCAGAACAGGAAGUCACAGCCCUGGAACAGAAUAUCAUCCGGUUGGAGGGUCAGGUGACUCGUUACAAGUCGGCCUCUGAGAGCGCAGAGAAAGUAGAGGACGAGCUCAAAGUGGAGAAACGCAAGCUACAGAGAGAGCUGAGGUCUGCCCUGGACAGGAUUGAUGAGCUGGAGGCCAGUAACAGCCACCUGGCCAAGCGCCUGGAGAAGAUGAAGGCUAAUCGGAGCGCCCUAUUGGCCCAGCAGUGAUGUACUUAUUGGUUGUCAUGGCAAUUUGCAUCCAUGACCUCCCUAUGACCUUUGAUCUUUCAGGCACUCUAUUAAAACACACCCAGAAAAUUCAAACCAAGCGAGGACUUGCUGGAGCAAAAGCUUCAAUGAAACAUAUCCACACAUAUUGUAAUCACAGAUUCAUUCAGUGUUGUGCCCAUCUGUACAGUAUAUCCAGUGAUUCACCAAGAGACACAGAGGGAACGUGUUACUGACCCUGGAAACACUCCUCACUGACUGUGACAGAGGUUGGACUUCUCAACUAACUGGUGAAGGGGGAAUAUUCUGCACAAACGAACAGCAAAGAGGACCUAUCUCCUCUUAUAGCUCUUAAGAGGACCUAUCCUCCUCCAAUAGCUCUUAAGAUGACCUAUCCUCCUAUAGCUCUUACGUCGCCCUGUGCCAUGAUUACCCCUAAAGCAUUUCUUCCCAAUCAUUCAUCUCUCUCUGUUCUCUGUAACACAUGGCACUAUCUCUCUGUGCUACUUGGGGUCCAUGUCUGCUCCAGUAAGUGCAUCCAUCCACGGAGAGGAAGAAAGACUAAAAAGGAGUGUGUUUCAUGUAUAUUCUUUUAUUGUCAAUAUAUUUUGAAGUGAAAAUGCAAUCUGCUCCCUCCUGUCCCCCAAGCCAAACUCUGAUGUUAAUGUGUAAGGUGAUGUUUAUUUUUGUGUGUAUGUCUCCAUAGGUAUAUGUCAAGUACAUCAGAUGGGUGGAAAUACACGUGGCACAACAUUAACUAAGCAAUAAGGCCCGAGGAGGUGUGGUAUAUGGCCAACAUACCACGGCUAAGAGCUAUUUGUUGGCCAUAUACCACAAACCCCCAGGUGCCUUAUUGUUAUUAUUAGCGGGUUACCAAUGUAAUUAGAGCAGUAAAAAUACAUGUUUUGUCAUACCUGUGGUAUACUACGGCUGUCAGCCAAUCAGCUUUCAGGGCUCGAACCAACCAGUUGAUAAUCAGGGUUGUCCUAUACAUCUCAUUGUUUGUGCCACGUGAUGAACAGUAUAAUGGUACUUGAGGAGAAAUAUCACCAGGUCUUAACGUCUGAAAUACUAUGUCCUCCCUUGAGCAAUUUAAACGACUCAUUGGGGAACGACAACUCCAACAAUCAGUUGAAUAAUGUACUUCUGCUGCAACAGUUUUCGAACCAUUCAAAUCGGCUGUCGCAGUAACACUUGCUGUAAAUGUUCGACAAUCUGACAAACCAGAUCUCAUGCAGAUAAAACAAAACAUCAGUUAUAUUCUGACAUAAAGGGAAUUGUUCCCUUAUUAUCCUGCUCCUCAGUCUCAAGCAUGUCAUGCCUUAUUGAGGGGGGGGGGGUAUAGCAUUGUUGUUCACUUGUGCUUUGGACAUAACGUUUCCCUUCCUACCCCCUAUACAUUAGUUAAGCUCGGACAUCUAGCUCGAAGUUCCAGCUGUUUACAUGCUUUAAAACUAUUAUUUGUCCAUGAAUGAAGCUAAUUGUAAACAUUGUGCAAUAUUGGAAAUGUCUUUGGGAAGGUGAGGCUGUAUGGUCCUUGCUUUACUUGAGAGAUGUAAAUGAUGUUUGAGGUAGCAUUAACAAGCACCACAUUAAACUAAUGCAAACUCUC